AUAUCUUUUAAACUUUCAUUAUUAAAUGGCUCGUGCUACAGCUUGUACUGUAUUCUAUAUCGUUAUAGUAGUAUAUAUACACCAUAAAGUAAACGGACUGACUUGUGUGCCGGUAUUAUCUACUGGACGAACUGUUUCGUGGCGCGAAUUGUUACCGACGUAACGCGUUUGCACAAAACGACAACACGUGAGGAAGACGUUCACGUUGUAACGUGUGUCAGAUCUCACGUGCAGAAAAAUAAUUGAGUAAAUCAGUGAAGUGAUUUAUAUAGUAUAAAUAAUGAGUGAGACGUAUAAGCGAAAGUAUUUGCCACUUUCCCGUCGUCGACUUUCUACAAAGAGAGGCUGGGUACAAAGGCGACGGUUAAUGAAGCAGUUGCAAACAAUUCUGGAAGAUGAUAAUAGUAUUGAAACAAACAAUACUAAAAAUCAAUCUCUUUAUUGUCAGGAGUCAAUAAAUCGAACUACUCCCGAUGUGAUAGAUUUGGAAAAUGCAACUGAUAAAAUAUUAAACGUAAGUACAAUCAAAGUAACAAUCAAAGAAAAUAAAUACGAAAAAGUCGACAAUAGCGAAAAUGACGACGUACUUGUUGUUGACAACACAGGUGUUCUGGACAUAGGUGCUAUCCAAGAGAACUUACCUGAAGGUCGUCGCAUUGUCGAUCUACGUUUCGUAUUGAGGGAAGUACGCAGGUCCUAUGUUGAACAUAAACGAGGAAUAGAUUGCUCGUUUAAUGAUUGGAUACCUGUGAAGUUCCAUUGCCGUGGGUUAUUGACACAAGUAUUUUACAAGUGUAAAAUGUGUCAUUAUGAAACUAGCAUUUGGUCAGAACCCACGGAAUCUGAUAAGCUAGAUAUUAAUACAGCUGCUGUAUCCGCAACGAUUACAGCUGGAAUUGGUUAUUCAACGCUGCACGAGAUGUGUGCAGGAAAUGAAUAUUUCUUGCAUGUCUGA